AGUCGCGCUCCUCAUUUCAUUUGCUUAACUCUUGAAAAAGUGAGCCCAGGGGUGGAAAUCCCUUAACGAAUAUUUUCACGCCUGGAAAUGAUUUAGACAGUGAUGAAGGCUGUAAACUUCCACGAGUGGGCGAUGACAGCGAGUGUAUCCUAGCGCUCCUUUACCAGUGACUCAUUGGGAGAAAGAUAGAAACGUGGAUUUUCAGCCUUGUAUUAAUUGGAAAAUAAACUUAAACGCGCGCGUGGGGAAGUGUACGGGCGUGUGCCGCAUCAUCCAUUUGAAUCGCUUUCGAGACUUUAUCCGUCGUUCUCGUGGGCUUGAAGACACCAGAUACAGUUCACAAUAUCAGCUCUUCAGGUUUUAGGAAGAGAACGCGUCUAUUAGAAUCCGCUCACCCCGCGGCUCGCUUGAGAUGGUUCAGUCCAGCUGCGAGGGUCCAGUCUCCAUGCACUGGGAUUUUUCUCAGCGCCGACACCAAGUGAAUCUUCCUUUUAAAACCAUCUGAUAACCGUGCCUGCCAAAAAAUAGCCCACCAUGAGCGCCUCUUUGAAUACUGACAGAACGGGAAUCGUGAGGACAGAGUGCAGAUGUACAUAUAACGGGACGAGGAAACUGGAUGGUAUAAGGAUUUUUGCGCUAAUGAAGGUGGGAGUACAGGCGCAUCACUGGAGCGGGGUGCUGUUCUUCUAUAUGGGGCUGCUGGCUGCCUCGGUUAAGGCUCAAAACUGCAGUCACACACUACACAGUCCAAAUGGGACAAUAGAAAGCCCCGGAUACCCGUAUGGAUAUCCCAACUACGCCAACUGCACAUGGGUGAUUGUGGCACAGGAACACAACCGGAUACAGUUGGUAUUUCAAGGCUUUGCCUUAGAAGAGGACUUUGACAUCCUUUCAGUCUACGACGGGCAACCCAGUCCAACAAACUUACGGACCCGGUUGACAGGGUUUCAACUGCCCGCCCCUAUAGUCAGCACAGGACCCAGACUCACACUAUGGCUGCUGUCAGACUAUGCCGUAAGUGGCCAGGGCUUCAAAGCCGUGUACGAAGCCCUUCCAAGCUACACCUGUGGGAAUCCAGGCCAGCUGCUGAAUGGUAUGCAGCAGGGCUCUACUUUCAACAUCGGGGAUAAGAUCCGCUACAGCUGCAACCAGGGUUAUGUGCUGGAAGGCCACACUGUGCUCUCCUGCCUGGCCACUUCCUCCGGCACCGCUGCCUGGGACUUCCCCCUGCCAUACUGCCGAGCGGAUGAUGGCUGUGGCGGCACACUACGGGGUCAAAGUGGUGUCAUCACCAGUCCAAAUUACCCCCAGGAGUACAACAACAACGCAGACUGCACCUGGACUGUGCUGGCCGAACCAGGAGACACCAUCGCCUUGGUCUUCUCAGACUUUCAAUUGGAAGAAGACUACGACGUUCUGGAGAUAACCGGCACAGAAGGAUCCUCUCAGUGGUUUACCGGUCCAAACCUGCCAUCACCCAUCAUCAGCAGCAAGAACUGGCUGAGACUCCACUUCACAUCCGAUGGAAACCACAAACUGAAAGGCUUCAGUGCUCAGUAUCAAGUGAAGAAGAUGACAGAACUGAAGUCCAGAGGGGUGAAGAUGCUGCCAAGUAAAGACAACCACAGCAAGAUAUCAGUUUUAUCACAGAUGGGGGUGGCACAAGGACACAACAUGUGUCCAGACCCAGGAAUCCCAGAGAGGGGCAAAAGAAAAGGCUCUGAUUUCAGGCGGGGUGCUACCGUGCACUUUUCUUGUGAUGAAGGUUAUGAGCUUCAGGGGUCUAAAAGCAUCACCUGCCUGCGAGUUACAGACAGUUAUGUUGGCUGGAGUGAUGACCGGCCUAUCUGCAGAGCUCCUAUGUGUGGCGGUCAGCUCCGUGGCCCAAGCGGCAUCAUCACCUCCCCAAACUUCCCAGUACAGUAUGACAACAAUUCUAACUGCACCUGGAUCAUCACAGCUUCGGACCCUUCCAAGGUGAUCAAGCUGAUUUUUGAGGAGUUUGACUUGGAGCGAGGUUACGAUACUCUAACUGUGGGAGACGGAGCUGUAAUCGGUGAUCAGCGGACAGUCUUUCAUGUGUUGUCUGGGACUACGACUCCAGAUCUGGUGGUCAGUACCAGCCAUCAGAUGUGGCUCAAUUUUAAAACGGAUGACACAAGUGGCUCCCUGGGCUUCAAGGUUUCUUAUGAAGAAAUCGACCAGGGUGGAUGCGGAGACCCUGGGAUCCCAGCCUAUGGCAAGAGGGAAGGCACAGGCUUCCGACAUGGAGACAAGCUAUACUUUGAAUGCCUUCCAGCCUUUGAGCUGGUAGGAAAAAAGAACAUUUCCUGCCAGAAAAAUAAUCAGUGGUCAGCCAAGAAGCCAAGCUGUGUGUUUUCGUGUUUCUUCAACUUCACAACUCCGUCUGGGGUCCUGCUAUCACCAAACUACCCUCAGGAGUAUGGAAACAACAUGCACUGCGUGUGGCUGAUAAUCGCCAAACCAGAGAGCCGCAUCAACCUGGCCUUCAACGACCUGAGCAUGGAGAAACAGUUUGACUUCCUGUCUAUUAAAGACGGCGGCAAGGCAGAAUCACCAAUUCUGGGCACCUUUUCUGGAGAUGUGCUGCCAUCACCCAUCACUACCAGUGGCCACGUGGCCAGGCUGGAGUUUCUGACUGAUCACACGUACACAGAACGUGGCUUCAACAUCACUUUCACCACUUUCCGGCAUAACGAGUGUCCCGACCCUGGCGUUCCAGUAAACGGAAAGCGCUUUGGUGAGAGUCUACAGCUUGGCAGCUCCAUCUCUUUUCUGUGUGAGGAGGGGUUUAUGAAGACCCACGGAUCUCAGACCAUCUCCUGCAUUCUCAAAGAUGGAAAUGUUGUGUGGGACAAUGCUGUGCCACGUUGUGAAGCUCCAUGUGGUGGAAACUUGAAGGCUUCUAGCGGCAUUAUUCUGUCCCCCGGCUGGCCUGAGCUUUAUAAAGAGGCCCUCAAUUGUGAGUGGAUCAUCGAGGCUCCGCCAGGAUAUCCUAUUAAGAUCAUCUUUGACAAAUUCCGGACAGAGGUUAACUACGAUGUUCUUGAGGUACGAGAUGGACGCUAUCCAUCUUCCCCUCUGAUUGGCAGUUAUCAGGGUACACAGGUCCCACAGUUCCUCAUCAGCACCUCCAACUUCCUGUACCUGCUCUUCACCACUGACAAGAGUCACUCGGACAUUGGCUUCCGCAUCCGAUAUGAGACCUUGCAGCUUCAGUCGGACCAUUGUGUUGAUCCUGGAAUCCCGGUCAAUGGUCAGCGGCAUGGCAAUGAUUUCUAUGUGGGGGCGCUGGUGACGUUCAGUUGCGAAGCAGGAUACACCCUCAGUGACCACGAGCCCCUUGAGUGUGAGCCUAACUUCCAAUGGAGUCGCCCUCUGCCCAGCUGUGAUGCACUUUGCGGCGGGUUUAUUCAGGGGAACAGCGGCACUAUUCUGUCCCCUGGGUUUCCUGACUUCUACCCCCAUAACCUCAACUGUACGUGGAUGAUUGAAACUUCACAUGGUAAAGGUGUCCAGUUUACCUUUCACACUUUUCACUUGGAGAGUCCACACGACCACCUUUUAGUCACAGAAAAUGGUAGUUUCUCUCAACCCCUGUGGAGAUUGACCGGGUCUACACUGCCGCCCCCUCUCAGUGCUGGACUUUUUGGCAACUACACCGCUCAGAUCCGUUUCCUCUCUGACUUCUCUGUGUCCUAUGAGGGCUUUAACAUCACUUUCUCAGAAUAUGAUCUGGAGCCUUGCGAAGAUCCCGGCGUCCCCCCCUUCAGCACUCGUAAGGGGCUGCAGUUCAGGGUGGGGGACGCGCUAAUCUUUUCCUGUUUUCCGGGAUACCGUCUCGAGGGGCCUGCGAGGGUGGUGUGUCUAGGGGGGCGUCGGCGGGUUUGGAGUUCCCCUCUGCCAAGGUGUGUUGCUGAAUGCGGAUCGUCUGUAACCGGGAAACAAGGAGUUUUACUCUCUCCCAACUACCCUGGUUACUACGGUAACAACCAUGAGUGCAUCUACUCCAUCCAAUCCCAAACCGGUAAAGGGAUCCAGCUCAGAGCGCGGGAUUUCCGCCUGGAGGAGGACGACUUUCUUAAGGUGUAUGAUGGUAGCAGUAAAAGUGCCAGACUGCUGGGCACCUUCACAGGCACAGAGAUGAUGGACAUCACUCUAAACAGCACGUCCAGCACCAUGUGGCUGGAGUUCAUUAGCAACAGUGACAAUACCAGCAAAGGCUUCGAGCUGCACUUCACCAGUUUUGAGCUGGUGAAGUGUGAGGACCCAGGUGUGCCUCAGUUCGGUUUUAAACGGGAGGACAAAGGUCACUUCGCAGGCAGCACGGUGUCAUAUAGCUGUGAUCCUGGCUACACUUUAAAGGGCCCGGAGGUUUUGACAUGUCUCAGAGGGGAGAGGAGAGCAUGGGACAGCCCACUCCCACUGUGUGUUGCCGAGUGUGGAGGAAUGAUUAAAGAUGAGCCCGUGGGCCGGAUUCUGUCUCCUGGUUACCCAGCGCCUUAUGAGCACAACUUGCACUGUGUCUGGACCAUUGAGGCGGCACUUGGAAGCACCAUCGGGUUGCAUUUCCUGGUCUUCCACACAGAAGAGGUGCAUGAUGUUUUGCGGAUCUGGGACGGGCCUCAGGAUGGAGGUGUUCUCCUGCGAGAGCUGAGCGGCUCUACACUUCCUCCAGACCUCCACAGCACCUUCAACGCCGUCAGUCUGCAGUUUACAACCGACUUCUUCACCAGCAAGCAGGGUUUCGCUCUGCAGUUCUCGGUUUCAACUGCCACUUCCUGUAAUGAUCCUGGCAUUCCAACAAAUGGCACCCGCAUAGGAGACAGCAGAGAGCCGGGGGAUUAUGUGCUGUUCCAGUGCGAUCCCGGAUACCUCCUACAGGGGGCGACCAAAAUCACAUGUACCGAAAUCAACAACCGUUUCUUCUGGCAGCCUGAUCCGCCCACCUGUUCUGCUCCAUGUGGAGGGAAUCUGACUGGUCCCAGUGGACUGAUCCUGUCCCCUGAAUACCCAGAGCCCUAUCCUCAUGGCAGAGAAUGUGACUGGACAGUGACUGUAAUGCCGGACCACAUCAUAUCACUCACGUUUAAUCACUUUAGUCUAGAACCGAGCUAUGACUUCCUGCACAUCUAUGACGGGCCUGAUUCUCUCAGCCCUCUGCUGGGCAGCUUUUAUGGCACGGACGUCCCUGAGCGCAUUGAGAGCAGCUCCAACACGCUCUUCCUGGCCUUCCGCAGUGACGCCUCACUCAGCAGCAAUGGAUUUGUCCUGCAAUACACUGAAAAUCCCAGAGAGUCGUGCUUUGAGCCAGGCCUGGUGCGUAAUGGUACUCGUGUUGGUACUGAGCUGAAGCUGGGGGCAACUGUCACCUAUUACUGUGACAACGGCUAUACGCUGGAGGGAGACGCCACACUCACUUGCAUCAUGGGGGGAGAUGGCAAGCCCGGCUGGAACAAACCCAAACCUGUUUGCAUAGCUCUGUGUGGUGGUCAAUAUUCGGGGUUGGAGGGGGUGGUGCUCUCCCCUGGUUAUCCUGGAAACUACAGCAGCGGGAGGACUUGCCUCUACUCGGUCACUGUACCGAAAGACUACGUGGUGUUCAGCCAAUUUGCAUUCUUCCAGACUGCACUAAAUGAUGUUGUGGAGGUGUAUGAUGGGCCUACCCAGCAUGCCCGUGUCCUGAGUUCUCUCUCUGGGGCCCACACAGGUGAAUCUUUGCCACUAGCCACCUCCAACCAGAUCCUUAUCCGCUUCUCUUCCAAGGGCCAGUCAAGCUCAAGAGGUUUCCACCUGGUCUACCAAGCUGUCCCGAGAACCAGUGCGACACAGUGCAGCUCAGUCCCAGAGCCCAGACACGGCAGGCGCACUGGGAACAACUUUGCGGUGGGGGCCGUGGUGAGUUUUGAAUGCAAUGCAGGAUAUGUCCUGGAGGGGCCCAGUGCCAUCGAGUGCCUGACUGUACCCAACGCUCUGGCCCAGUGGAACGGCAGCAUGCCCAGCUGCAUUGUGCCAUGUGGAGGGAAUCUUACCCAGCGGAUAGGCACUAUUCUGUCCCCUGGCUAUCCUGAGCCCUACCUGAACAGCCUGAGCUGUGUAUGGAAGAUCACUGUACCAGAGGGAAUGGGAAUCCAGAUCCAGGUGAUUAGCUUUGUGACUGAGCAGAACUGGGACUCUCUCGAGGUGUUUGAUGGGGGUGACAACACUGACACCAUGCUGGGGAGCUUCUCAGGCACAACAGUCCCAGCCCUCCUAAACAGCACAUCCAACCAGCUCUACCUGCACUUCUUCUCAGAUAUCAGCGUCUCCGCAGCCGGUUUCCGUCUGGAAUACAAGACUGUGUCCCUUACUAGCUGUCCUGAACCGGUUGUACCCAUGAAUGGCUUCAAAGUGGGUGAGAGAUUACAGAUGAACAGUGUGAUGUCCUUCCAGUGUGACCCUGGAUAUACUCUGCAGGGAGUCUCCCAUAUCUCUUGUAUGCCAGGGCCUGUGCGCCGCUGGAACUAUCCGCCUCCACUCUGCAUCGCUCAGUGUGGGGGAAUCAGAGAGGAGAUGGAAGGCACCAUCCUCAGCCCUGGUUUCCCAGGAAACUACCCUAGCAACAGUGACUGCACCUGGAGGAUCUACUUGCCAGUCGGUUACGGUGCUCAUGUGCAGUUCUUGAACUUUUCCACUGAGGCCAACCAUGAUUUCUUGGAAAUUAGGAAUGGGCCUUUUGACACCAGCACAGUGAUUGGCAGAUUCAGUGGGCAGGACUUGCCACCAUCUCUUCUAACCACUUCCCAUGAGACUACUAUAUAUUUUCAUAGCGACCACUCUCAGAAUAAACCUGGCUUCAGAUUUGAUUAUCAGGCAUAUGAACUUCAAGAGUGUCCUGAUCCUGAACCCUUUCGCAAUGGUGCGGUGGUUGGGGCUGGUUAUAAUGUGGGUCAGUCCAUCUCCUUUGAGUGCUAUCCAGGAUAUCAGCUGAUGGGACACUCUAUUCUUACCUGUCAACAUGGCACUACGCGCAACUGGGAUCAUCCGUUUCCUCGCUGUGAAGUGCCCUGCGGAGGUAACAUUACAUCAGACAAUGGCACUAUCUUCUCCCCCGGUUACCCAGAGGACUACCCCACUUCUGCGGACUGUAGCUGGCUGAUCACGGUGGCACACGGCCUGGGUAUCCGUCUUAAUUUCACACUCCUGCAAGUCCAUGGCCCCCAAGAUUUCAUCACAGUCUGGGACGGACCACAGGAAACAGUUCGCAAACUUGGAGUGUUUACCGAGGGAGAGCCCAACAACCCACCAAGCAGCACAUCUAAUCAAGUUCUAAUACGUUUCCGAAGCAAUUCUGAGAAAGGUGGACUGUUCAAGAUCAACUACCAAGCCUAUAGACUUCAGUUUUGUUUGCCACCUCCCAUAAUUCCUAAUGCUGAAAUUCUGAUGGCCAGUAAAGAAUUUAAGAUAGGUGAUAUUGUGCGGUACAGAUGUCUCCCAGGAUAUCAUCUGAAUGGGAACAGCAUUCAAACCUGUCGCCUGGGGACUCAUCUUGAGUUUGAAGGACCUCCACCUUCAUGUGAUAUUACCUGUCCUAUGAACGAGGUAUUGACAGCCUCCACGGGAAUAAUCCUGAGUCAAUCACCGGGCAGCAGCCUGCCGCACUUUGAGUCCUGCUCCUGGGUGGUGAAGGUGGAUUCAGGUUACAAUGUCACUUUCACCAUUGAACACUUCCAGACCAGCAGACAGUUUGAUGAGCUGGAGAUCUUUGAUGGUCCAUCAAGACAGAGUCCACUGCUCAUUUCUCUGAGUGGGAACUAUUCAUCUCCCUUCAGUAUUGCUAGCACUGCAAACAAGGUUUACCUGCACUGGUCUUUCGAUCACACCUCCAGCCACAAGGGCUUUCGUAUCCGCUACUCCGCGGCAUACUGCAGUACCCCAGACCCUCCUGUGAAUGGCUCGGUGCAUAGCCAGACGGGCACAAAACUUGGCAGUACCUUGCGCUUCAGUUGCGACCGGGGCUUCACCCUGAUUGGCCAGACCACCGCCACCUGCACCCGCUCCCCGCAGGGCAUCUACCAAUGGAAUGCUCCAGUGCCGCUUUGUCAAGUUGUUUCCUGUGGGAUGCCCCUUGUGCCAGUGAAUGGCACUGUCAUCGGGCAGGACUUCACUCUAAACUCUAGAGUCUCAUUUUCUUGUAAUCCUGGUUUCCGAUUGGCCAAUGCUCAGCCGGUGUCAACGCUUUGUCAAGAGUCUGGGAGGUGGAGUCCGAUGGAGACCCGCCCUCGCUGCGUCCCUGUGACCUGCCCUGACAUCGGCCACUCCGCAGUGGAUCAUGGGAGGUGGAGGCUUAUUUAUGGCAUGCAGAAUAAAUAUGAGGCCAUGAUGAUGCUGACCUGUGACCCUGGAUAUUUCUACAAGGGUCAAAGGGUCAUCCGCUGCCAAGCUAACGGCACCUGGGAUUACCCUGAGCCGAGACCGUCCUGUGAAAUCAUUUCCUGUGGUGACCUUGGAACCCCUCCGAAUGGGAAUAAAAUAGGAACAUUAACCGUGUACGGAGCGACUGCCAUUUUUUCCUGUAACACGGGUUAUACUCUGGUGGGCUCCAGAGUGAGAGAGUGCAUGUCCAAUGGCCUGUGGAGUGGAGCUGAGGUCCAAUGUCUUGGUGAGUCUCUUUACUUCCAUUAUGGGACUCCAUCAUUAUUUCGAGAAAAUGUACCCUUAUGUUCUCCAAAUGAGCAUCUACGAUAUUUUUCUUCAACAGCUGGACACUGUGGCACACCAGAGCCUAUUGUGAAUGGCCAGAUCAUUGGAGAGAAUUACAACUACAGAGGCAGUGUCGUUUACCAGUGUAAUCCUGGAUUCAGACUCAUCGGCGUGUCUGUUCGCAUCUGUGAGCAGGACCACCGAUGGUCCGGAAAGACUCCCGUCUGUGUCCCCAUCACCUGUGGACAUCCAGGCACCCCUGCUAAUGGUGUGACCCAGGGAAUGCAGUUUAACCUGAACGACAUUGUGCGCUUCGCCUGCAACCCUGGUUAUGUUCUGCAGGGUGCAAUCAAGUCUCACUGUCAGCCCAACGGCCAGUGGAGCAACGCUCUGCCUAAGUGUAAAAUUGUGAACUGCACUGAUCCGGGACAUGUUGAAAAUGGUGUCAGACAGGUCCUGCCCAGCGGGCCUCAUCGUUACAGUUUCCAGACCACAGUUUCAUACAGCUGUAACCCUGGAUACUACCUGCUGGGCACCAGCACUCUGAGCUGUCAAGGCGACGGCACAUGGGACCGUUCCCUACCCAAGUGCCUCUUGGUUCUGUGUGAUCGUCCCAGCAUGCCUCCGUAUGCACAGAUCUCGGGGGACAGGCGCACAGUGGGCUCUGUUAUCCGCUUCAGCUGCAUCGGCCAGCGCAGCAUUGUGGGCAAUACCACCCGCAUGUGCCAGCUGGAUGGCCAGUGGAGCGGCUCCCUGCCACAUUGCUCUGGGGAUUCUGCUGGUUUGUGUGGAGACCCUGGCGUUCCAGUGCACGGGAUCCGUCUGGGAGAGGAGUUCACCGUAGGGAGCAUCGUACGAUUCAGCUGCGAGCCUGGCUACAUUCUGAAGGGCUCCUCUGAACGAACCUGCCUGGCCAAUGGAAGCUGGGUGGGCAUCCAGCCUGAAUGCCAGGUGGUCUCCUGUGGCAACCCUGGAACUCCCCGCAAUGCCAUGAUCCAGUUCCAUGAUGGACUUGUGUUUUCCCGCUCUGUCACAUACUCCUGCAGAGAAGGCUACUACUCCACCGGCCUGCUCACUCGUCAUUGUACUGUCAAUGGCACCUGGACCGGGGACAUGCCGGAAUGCACAGUCAUUAACUGUGGAGAUCCUGGAGUGCCAGCUAAUGGUAUCAGAUUGGGCAGUGACUUCACGUACAACCACACUGUGAGCUUCCAGUGUUCACCAGGUUUCACUAUGGAUGCCGAUCGUGCCUCCAUGCUCAUCUGCACCAAGGAUCGCACAUGGAACGCCACCAAGCCAGUUUGCAAAGCCAUUGUGUGUGGAGCACCUCCCAGCAUCCCGAAUGGUCAGGUGGUGGGCUCUGACUUCCAGUGGGGGUCCAGCAUUAGUUAUACCUGUAAUCAGGGUUACCAGCUUUCCCUUCCCACUAUCCUCACCUGCCAGGGCAUAGGAAACUGGAGUGGCGAACGGCCACAGUGUUUUCCUGUAUUUUGUGGAGAUCCAGGGACACCAGCCCAGGGCAAGCGAGAAGACAGAGGGUUCACAUACCUGUCCUCUGUUUCAUUCUCAUGUUACCCACCUUUGAUCCUGGUUGGCUCUGCUCGCCGUUACUGCCAAUACGAUGGAACCUGGAGUGGAACCCAGCCAUCUUGCAUAGAUCCCAGUCACACCAGCUGUGUAGAUCCUGGCAUUCCUCUCUUUGGCCACCAGAACAACUCUCAAGGCUACCAGAUUGGUAGUUCAGUGUACUACAGCUGCAGAAAGGGCCAUCUCCUUCUAGGCUCCAUCUCUCGGACAUGUUUGCCCAACCUCACCUGGAGUGGCAUGCAGCCUGAGUGCAUCGCUCAUCACUGUAAUCAGCCGGAGCUUCCUGCACAGGCAGAUGUUGGUGCCAUAGAGCUGCCAUCUCUGGGUUAUACGCUCAUCUACGCCUGUCAGCCUGGUUUCUACCUUGCUGGAGGGUCUGAACACCGCACCUGCAGAGCUGAUGGCAGCUGGACAGGGAAACCUCCAUUGUGUGCACCUGAUAACAGACCAAGCGGUAAAACUGUAGGAACCGUGCAAGAGCCGCCCAACACAAAGCAACCCGUGCCAAGUGGGGUGUUUGCUAAGAACUCUCUUUGGAGGGGUUCAUACGAAUAUCUAGGGAAGAAGCAGCCAGCAAUGCUUAGCAUAACUGCUUUUGAACCAUUCAGCAAUCGGGUCAAUGGCACUCUCCUGGACCACAGCGGAGUACAGCUCAAUCUGGCUGGUACCUAUAAGAAAGAAGAAGCCCAGUUGUUGCUGCAGGUGUAUCAGAUUCGAGGUCCUGUGGAGAUCUUCGUUAACAAGUUCAAAAUUGACAACUGGGCCUUGGAUGGACAUGUGUCAUUCAUGCCUUCUUCUGAUUCAUUUGUGUACCAAGGAUUUGUUCGAGGAAAAGGCUUCGGCCAGUUUGGACUUCAGAGGCUGGAGGGCAUUGAUCCAACUGACGAGAAUCCAGUCUAUAACUUUGCCUCCAAUAGCAGUUCAGUGGCAGCAGCCAUUUUAGUGCCUUUUAUUGCCAUGAUCAUAGCAGGCUUCGCUCUGUAUCUCUACAAACACAGAAAAAGGCCCAAAGUACCCUUCAAUGGUUACGCCGGCCAUGAGAACACCAACGGAAGAGCCACUUUCGAGAACCCUAUGUAUGACCGUAACAUCCAGCCCACUGAUAUCAUGGCUAAUGAGACAGAGUUCACGGUCAGCACAGUGUGCACAGCAGUAUAGCGACCGCUCUAGUCAAAGGCUGGAUAUAAUCUUUCCGUCUUCACACAACUGUCCCCAUAGUAAGAAUGGGCCACAUGGAUGGACUAAAGAGGAGGAUUUUUUUUUGUUUUUCAUUUGUAAACAAAUUCCAAUUGUGACAAAGUGAUAAACCUUGACAACGAUGCUGUCAAAGCUCAUCAACAGAGAUGCACUGAUAAAGAACCACGUCAGUGUUUGCUAGCUAAAGCUCUGUUCCUACACUCUUCUGCUGUCUCCUCUUUUUUCCUUCCGAUGGAACGUCCUGUUUGACUGUGGCAGCGCAAAGGGACACGUGAAGCUCACAGCCGUCGCUUGCCAAAAAAAAAAAAAAAAGACGAGAGAUACAUUGUUCGGUCAAACGAAGGCCGAAUUCUCAAUCUUGAGUUGAAGGAAGUCUUCAUGUGAGCAGGAAGUCACAAGAAGCAUGUUGCUGGAGAGUUGAAGCUUUGUUUUACUUUUGUAUCUUGAGUUCUUUCCAUGGAGUGCGUUUUGGCUUGUUUUAUCCCGUUUCCACCUUGAACUAAAAUCAAAAGUGCAGACUUCACUGAGGACACUCUCUCUGACACCUUCCCCAUCAGUUCCCUGAGUAUGUAACGCCACAACUCGAUCUGAAGUGAAGUGAGAGGCUUCUGAGGCUUAUUAGAAGGCAUGGAUUCUUGCUGUAGUACCUCUCUUCUCAUUUCAGGCUGAAGGAAAGAGUGUUCUCCCACCAUCUUAUCAUGAUCCUUGCUUGAAAAUGGACAGUCCAACCCUUCAAGCAUCCCAGCGGAGAACACAAAAAGACGUGUUUUGGUGUUCAGGGGCUUUAUCUGCUGUCCUUUUCUUACUCUCACACUGACAGAAGAAAAGCAGCCCACAUUGGAGGGUUGAAUUUGUAUUAGCCAGGUAUUACCCAAUUUGAACCCCCUCCUUGUGUGUUUGGAUGGUCUUGGUUUGUGGGUUGGGAUAUCAUGGUGAAGAACCGUUUGUUAGCAUUUAUAGUUCUUUGGAUAUCACUGAAUGACAGGAUCCAAUGAUUUUCAUACAUAGAUUUAAAAAAGCAACACAGCCCUUGAAGAGUUGAAGUACAGAGGUAAAUAUAACUUGACAUGUGUUUUUCGUAACCAGGGGAAGGUCUACUUUCGGUCCUCAAGUUCUGAAGUCAAGGAUAAGGAUGACGUGAAGGUUUUAGUCAAAAGGAGCCAACACCAAAUGAGCAUGAAAAUAUUUAAUCUCUGUAGCUUUGUGUCAUAAUCUGUUUCCCUGCACAUUCCUCCAUGUCAUCCAUGCCCACGCCACACUUACGAUAAGGAAAAGGGGCUUAGAAAUCAAGCCUUAAAAUACUAAUCCAAGGCUGGUGGUUUAUUUGCAUGCAUUUGCCCCAAUAAAUUGAUGGAAAGGUUUGAAGAUGAGCAACAGCUUGGGAUGUUUGCAACUGAAUAACUUACAUGUUGUUGCGAAAGUGCACUGUAUUCUGGGUGCAGCAUCCUUUAACUGGCCGGUGUUAUUGAGAUUUGUAAUUCAGUUAUUGAAUAUUAUUGCCUCCGCUUGUUUCUGCAUCAUUUGCUUCGAUUUUCUUGUCCUACGACCUCUGUUAUCUGAUGUCGGCAUUUACUUUCCAGUGGGCAUUUAAAUUCCUCCGGUUUAUUUGCUGUCCUCUUCAGCUUCUGAAAUCAAUCAUUGAUAUAAUUGCUUUUACAGGUUUAUUACUUUUGAAAUCGGUAGCCUAUCAUGGUGGUGUUAAUAUGAUAUUACCCAGAGCUUGUUUCAAUUGUAAGUUGAUCGAAAAAGCAAAGAUUGUAUUUCCCCUUGGGAUUUUAUGGGCCAGGAGUUUAGCAGGUACAUUAUCUUCAAACUAUUGACAUUAACAAGACUGUCUUAUAGCCGCUCUUUUUAGGAGAAUUUCAGUGUAGAUGGCAUCUUAAAGCAUUUUCCACAUAUCAGACAUCAUUGUGACAUUCACUUGGUGUUUUACAUUCUUACAAUUACGUUUUACAUCUCAGCAACCCGACAAUAGCAAUGCUGCCAGAUUUAUAAUGCUGACAUUAGAAAUUGCUCCUUUUAAAAUCCUCCAAAAAAUGCACUUUGCUAGCGAUAACACACAAAAAUUCAAGGCACAAGGGCUUCAGAGUCAUCACCUCGGCUUUAUUUUUCAUCUUUAUGUGUAGAUUAACCCAAAAUGUUGUUGAGGUAUCCAGGCAGCCUGUGUUUCAUGCUUGUCCAUCUGUUUCUCGUAACAGUGCCUUGGUAACUCUAUAUAUGGUGUAUCCAAUCUCUUCUUAUUGCUCCAUUUUUAUUAUUAUUGCACACUGGUCAAGAAUUGCCAGUUACUAGGGGAGAAUUUCAAAGAUGCAGCUUCUUUUUUUCCUGGUAGAGAGUCAAGUCUUUGUUAUUCUCGACAAAAAUAACAACCAGCACCCCAAAACAUGUCAUUCAUUUAUAUCUUCACAAAUUCCUUUAGGUUAGAACCUGCACUUUAAGGGAGCAAGAAAACACUCUUUUAUUUGGCCUUCAUGCUAGCAUGUGUCAUGAGAGUAUUCUUAUAUUGUGAUUAUUAUUCAUGUCGCAAAACCUACAGUGCUGCCAUGCCAAAGUAAAAGGCAUCAGCCUAUUUUAUAUACAUAUAUAGAGAGACUUCCAGCCAAAAUCAAAAGCAUUACAGCAUUUAUGAUAUUAUUUAUAGCAUUUAGCAAUGCUAACAGUGAAUUAGCUGAAACACCCAGUUCAAGUCUGUAACCGUCAUUGUAUGGAUGUGAAAAACUCUGCCUGGCAGCGCUGUGUAUCAUUUAUACUCAUCCCGACAGAAUCACACAUACAUUCGUUAAAAUGGAGUCCUGCACCUUCUCGAAUAUUACCUUCGGAUAUUUGUGAUUAAUAUAUAUAGCAACCCUUUUCGUCCAAGUUUUUGUUGGCAUGUGACAGUGAGCUUGAAGCAAAGAUAAUUGCGAAAACUGAUGAUCAUGUCAAGAACACUUUGUAGUGUCAAUGUUUUUAUCUCAUUUAUCAGUCUUCAAAAAAAAAGAUGAAAAGUUUGGACGUAGACGAUAUCAGGACUGCACUGAAUGUAUUUUUAAUUUUGGAAAUAUCUAUGCUAUACUGCUAUACAUAUGGUGAACAUCCAACAAACUGCGUAACUAAGCCAGUCAUGUUCCUUUUUUAAAAACAUAUCGGAAAAACAGCACCCCUAAAAGACUGCAUAUCAAUAUAUUUGAAUUGCACACUGCAGCUUAUAUUGAAUAAGUAUAUGAAAAUGUACUACAGGA